CGUGUUGUUGCAGAGAGCUGUUUGCUGCAGCAGCUUCCAGGUGACACUGGAGUUCGCUGAGGGGCCACACUUUUAUCCCCCUGCAGGUGUAAUCUGUGUAAACCAGGAACACCCGUGCAUGCAGCUCAACACGACAGGAGCCGGUCAUGGCCACCAGCUCCACCGGUGUGGCCCCGGCUCGUCUGUAUCAGCUGAUGAUCGAUCCUGGUGGUUAAUGACACCUCAACAUGAGCACAGGACCGACGACACAAGCCACUUUUAUUCAAGGAAACCAGAAGACGGCGGAGCAGGAUGCGUCUCACUCUGCACUCUUCUACCUCCUCCAAGAAGUUUCCAGGCUGGCGUCUCCUGGCCACAGCAGUGUCCUGGGUACAAACUCGCCCUCCGAAAGGCUCGAUGAGGCGUCCACACCGGGGGGGUUCAUCGUUGAAACGGAGGUAGAGGAUGAGCAUUUAGGAUAUGAUAGUUUCUGCCAGCACAGUUUCUCGCCUUUAAAUCUGUUGAACAAAGUGGAGGAGGAAAGUCACAGCAGCAAGGUAAUGAGUUUGAACGAGCCGCGUCGCAAAGGUUCCAGCCCCUUGAAAGUGCUGAGUCUGAUCAACCUGCAGUGUGACAGGAUCCUGCAUCAGGGAGAUGUAGAGGAGCCGCACCCAAGUUCAGUAUCAUCCAAGGCAAAAUUAGGCCGUUCAACAGCCAGGUCGUCAACUGCUGCAGCCGAUGUUACAGGACACGGGGUUGGAAGUGACACUUCUCAUAUCAAGAGACAAGAAAUCACAGCCUCUGUCCGUGAUGUGGAAGAUGUGAGAGGGCUCAGUAUUUAUAAAGACUCCCAGGUGGGUUGUAGUCUUCAACCUCAGCCUGCUGAAAUAACAGACACUGUUUUACCAGAGCUGAUGAAGGAUAAUGCAACUGCCUCCUCUCAACCACAACAUUGGGACAAAAGGGAGGCCAUGUUUAAUGUUAACAGAGAAUUCGAGUUGAGCCAGGAGUGUAAGACGGACUUUUUCAAUGUACCCUUCUCUGAAAAUGCUUUGUCACAAGCACACAGGCACAGUGCACCCAUUAAUACCCAGCUGAUUGUAAAUUCAAAUGAAGAGACAAGUGUAUAUCUACCGAAGCCAGCACUGACAGUAGACUGCAACGCAAACAUUGUGUUGACCCCAUGUGACACCCAGCUGUCGCCCCCGAGCGCUGAGAGGUGUCUUUCAUUCCUAAAAACUGAUAUCAGAACCACAGGACCUAAUCCAUCAAAGGAGGCAUCACCCACAGUUGAACAACUAAAAUCCUCAAGCUACAAUGUGCCUUCUGCAAACUCACAACCAGAACUCAGGCCUGUGCAAAACGAGGAAAUUGCUCCUCCGUCUUCCUGGCAGUGGAGAACCAAGACUCCAAGAAAACAACCUCAUCCCAGCCGGAGUGUUGACAUCCAAGACACAGACAUCCAGGGAGUGACGUUCAGGAUGGGCUCGGAGCUGGACGACAGCAGGGAGCAGUGUCGGCUCCUCAUAACUUCAAAGUACAGCAAGGAGCUCUUCAAGUGUGUGAGAAAGCCGAGGCUGAGGACACGGACAUCCCAGAAAACCCUCAAAACUUGCAGCUCAGAUGAGGAGAGUGACCUGACGGUUUCCAAGGAUAAAGUCUGUGCAUCGUGCGGCACCAGGAAGACGCCCAUGUGGAGAGAUGCAGAGGAUGGGACCCCGCUCUGUAAUGCCUGUGGGAUAAGGUAUAAGAAGUACAGAGUGCGCUGUGUCAACUGCUGGCAUAUCCCCAGGAAAGAGGGCAACUCCAACUCAUGCUGCCUCAGGUGUGGAAACUUGGUGAGGCUGACCUCAGCUCAACGGAAACACACAACCUAGGGAACCUACACAGAGAAAAGGCUUUUUAUGUCCACAUGUGACGGAGCUGUGCACACACCAGCACAAGACUGUACCCUCUCUGUUGCUGUUGUUCUUUGUCCUCGACAAUUCAGUACAGAUGUUAAGGCAAAAAAGAAAGAACCAACACCAGCCUCUUGUAUUUUACUUGACUCAGGGUAUUUAAAUUAGUUUCACUGCCUCAGUGAAUUCCUAACAGAAUUCAUUCACUUCAGCUCCAUGGUUGCCAUUAAAGUGCUGUAUACAUCACAAGAAAACAUAAAAAAAAUUAACUAAAUCAAUAAACUGGCAAAAAUCCUUUAAAACUAGAACCUUCCAAAACUUAAAAAUGGACACUGUAAGAGAGUGGUCUGCACCUCUAUCUUUCCUGCACUGGUCCUUGUAUUGUAGCAUGUGUGACAAAGUUUAUUCAGUUGAUUGUUUUUGUCUUCCCUCUGUCUGCUGAGCACAGAGCACAGACAGUUUGUAGCAGAGCUCGGAGUCAUUUAGCACAAAUAAACAGGACUCUGUAGGGCUACUCUAAGAACUACACACAUUCUGUGGAAAGUUUAUUCAUAAUUGUUGUGAGUUUUCAUCUAAAUAGCUUCAGUGUUGCUCGUGUAUAAUGGUCGUUGGUCUCCAACAACAGCUGCAAUACAAAGUUAUCUCUGUGCAGGACCAAAAAACUGCAACCUGAGCUCAGUGUUGUGCUCACUGUUAUUAACUGCAAAAUAAUUAACUUCAUCGUGGCCUUGACAGCAAGUCUGUCUGCCACAUACUUAGUUACACAAGUUAAAUUAUUUAUUUUGUUCGUCAUAAUUUCUAACUUCUUUUUUGGAUGUUUGUUUAUCUUGGUGUUCAUUUGGGUUGUUGCUGCUAACGUUGGUGCAUUUUUUUCCUGUGAGGAAAGAAACCCUCUUUGUGUGAACUUGCAUGGGUUUGGGUUUGUAUUAAAGUCUGUAUAUAACA